UCAUUAAACUUAUUAAUGUGUAAAAAAAAUCGAAUAUUUCUCGAUCUCCUCCUACUAUAUAAUGGUGGGCAAGUAUGGCAUUGUAAUUUGCAAGUCACGCAGAUUACAUAUAUACAAGAGGGUGAUACUACUUUAAGGAGAAUACAACUAAGUAAUACUGAAAAGAUGGCCUCCAUUCAAGAAUGUGCUGCAGUGAAGGUGAUGUUCAGUAACAAUGUCCAAGCUACGUUGAGUGUUAAGCUCAUCAACGGAGACGGAGAAGAUCCUGCAGACGUUUACGGAAAUAUAGAUGGUCGAUUUGGCAUCAGCACUCAGUUUUCGCUUUUUGAUAAGAAGCAAAGUCAGCAUAUUCCAGUAAGGCCUGGUGAAUUCAUUCCCUUGAGUCGGUCCGAUGUCAAUGUGCCUGAAGCCGCCACGGAAAUGGAGAUUAGUGCUUACUUGAUGGACUAUGAUGCUGUUUCUUCCGACGAUGAAAUUGCUAACGGCAAAGCUCUCUUUCUAGUCAAGGCUGCCGGUGAAAGUGACAAGAAGACCAUUACCGGAAGGUAUGGCUCUAUUGAAGUCAAUGUACUUUGGGGUUGAUCGCGCUUGUCCUAAUAAUUAAUCCUGGUGCAGUCUUAUUACUAGAUAGCUAGCUAGCUACUAUAACUAAAUAAAACUUUUCUGCACUAGUGUUCAUGUUUCCUAUGUGUUCAUGUACUAUUUCAAUACAAUGAUAAUCUAAUUAAAACGUUUUACCUA